AAUGAAUUGAUUGUCAAUACGACUUCAGGCCCUGUAAAGGGUAGGGCAGUACAUGUGCUUAACAAAAGUAUUGCACAGUAUCUGAACAUACCAUUUGCCGAACCGCCACUCGGGAAACUCAGAUUUGCUAAACCCGAACCAUUGAAACAUCCAAAACAGUUAAUCGAUGGCACCAAAACAGGCAAUAGUUGUCCCCAGUAUUAUGAAGACGGAUCCAAACAUUUUAUGGGAAAUAUAACUCAAAAUGAAGACUGUCUGGUAUUGAAUGUUUGGACAGACAAUGAUAACAAUAAAACAACAAAUGUAUUAAAACCGGUAAUGUUUUGGAUUCACGGCGGAGGACUUACUAUGGGAUCGAGUUUUCAAUGGGAAUACAAUGGCAGUGCACUGGCAACACAUGAUGUGGUAGUUGUGUCGGUCAACUAUCGGUUGGGUUGGUUAGGCUUUCUAUUUGCCGACGAAGAGUCAGCACCGGGAAAUGUAGGACUGUAUGAUCAGACAUUAGCUCUUCAAUGGGUCAGAGAUAAUAUACAUGAAUUCGGUGGCAAUAAAGAUCAGAUAACUAUAUUUGGUGAAUCAGCCGGCAGUAUAUCAGUGACAACACACCUGUUAUCACCGUUAUCUAAAGGACUGUUUCAUAGGGCUAUUAUGCAAAGCGGGGCAUUUUUUUAUAGCAAAAAUACAUUACUCACCACUAAAGACCAGGCAGUCGUACAGUCUAAACAAAUGGCUGCAAAACUGAAUUGUACUGACGCUAGCAAAUGGUUAGCCUGUUUAAGGGAACGGGAGGCUAAAGAGUUUGUUAAUCCAAAAGUAAUGUUGGGUUCAAUGGAUCCUUUAGUUGGCACUCAAUUUUUGCCAAUGAUUGCACAAAUGGCUUUUAAAUCUCAAAAAUUCAAUAAAGAUCUAGAAGUAAUGGCAGGUGUGGCCAAACAUGAGGGCUCAUUUCUAGCCUAUUAUUUACCACAAGCACGUCCUACUGUCAACUUAACAAAACAAGAUUUUAUUAAAUAUAUACAUCAAUUGAAUGGCAUAUUUCAUGAUAUUCCCGAAAACAAUAGCAAUAUAAUAGAAACAUAUGUCGGUACUAAUGACACCCGGGAUGGCAUAAAAUGGGCUGAAUAUGAUUUGUUUGGUGAUUUCAUAGUCACCUGUCCGACCUAUCAGUUUGCCAAAAAUUAUGCCCAAAAGUCAAUUAUUAGCAAAAGUCAAGUAUAUUUCUAUGAGAUUACUUAUCAACGAGAGGACAAUGUGGUCGGUAUUUCCAAUAAGGAAAUGGAUGUAACUCAUGGCGCGGAACUGGACUUUGUGUUCGGCGCUCCAGUGAUUACACCCGAAAAACGGGAUACAAAAGUUGACACUGAGUUUAGUCAACAAGUAAUGAAAUUGUGGACUGAUUUUGCUAAAUAUGGUAAACCUGCAAAUAAUUGGCCUAAACUUCUAGACAAUAGUAAUCCAAAGUUACCGACAAAAGUUUAUGAACUAAAUCCAAAACAAAUGCCACAUAUUUUUGACAAUUUAUUCAUCAAAACAUGUGAUGGACUUUGGAAUGAUUAUUAUAACUAA